CAAUUCGUAAUACGUAAUACGCUUCACAGUUUACGUUGCACUGUUCUGUACACUGUACAAAAAGUAUUACCUUCAUACUGGUCUUAUCGCCAUUUCAGAAUAAAGUGAUUCUAGUUGUUGAAAAGAAGAAACAGCUUAAGAUGGCAAAGGCAAAAGUUGGCAAGAAAGCUACGGGCAUUGCCAUGGAGCUUCCAGAGUGUCCUGUGUGCUUUGAAACUAUGUCGGCUCCUAUAUUUCAAUGUCAGUCGGGGCAUAGCCUUUGCAAUACCUGUACAAGAAACUUAAGCCCCCCGAUAUGCCCGAUAUGUCGCCAAGCGAUGACUCAAAUGAGAAAUUUAACACUUGAAGAUAUUAUUGCUAAGGCAAAUGUGCCAUGCCCAAACAAAUCAUUUGGUUGUGUUUACACUAUGCUUACACAAGAAGUUGAUGACCAUCUCAAGGAGUGUAUAUUUCGAGUUAUGACUUGCCCACUUGGGGCUGUGUUUGGCAAGUGUUCUUGGACGGGAAAUCUUAAAGAAAUGAUGAAUCAUUUUAAAGAUCGUCACCCUCAGAACUGCAACGUUAACCUGGAAACAGGUGUAGAACUAUGCAAUGUUUCCAUUAAUGAAGAUGAGCGAUUUCUCUACUUGGUUCAACAAGGCAAUCUACUUUUUAUCGUUACCAUGAAGAUUGAUACUUUACAAAAAGUAGCUUAUUGGGUUGUACAGCACAUUGGCAGUAAAAAAGCCCACAACAGAAUAUUUAUGAAAUUCAUAUUUCAAGUAAGCAAGAUCCCAGAAGACAAGUGAUAUUCAUUGAUCAUUGUUAUAAUGAUACUUUAUCAGCAGAUGCUGUUUACCGUCUUGGCAAAUGUGGUAUUUUACCUUUGGAUAUGUU